AUCACAUGCUUUGCAUGCUGCGUGAGACAUAAAGAAAUAUAAUGUAAUACUGCAAUAACAGCCAGAGAGCCAGAGAGCCAGAGUCCCUCACAGAGCCAGAGACAGAGACGGCCGGACACGCCAGCGAUACAGGAGAAGCAGCCAGACACGCCAGCAAUACGGGAGAAACAGCCGGACACACCAGCAAUCAGAGACAGACAGCCAGACACACCAGCAAUCAGAGACAGACAGCCGGACACGCCAGCGAUACGGGAGAAACAGCCAGAGAGAGACACAAUUAGAGACACGCCCAGUCCAAAGACAUAUGUGAUCUGGGACAAACAUGUGCUAAGUGAGACAAACUGACAGAAAUCAGGUCAGAUUUGUUACUUUUUCAGUACCAAUUUCUGUGUAACUGAAAAAGACAAGGACGGCGGACAGUUUACAGUCAUGAAACUGGACUUCUUUGUCAUUUUACUUUUUCCAGGACUCUGCACACUCUGUUCCUGCCUCUCUCAUCAGUAUCACUUUGUGAACGUAAUGAUGACCUGGGCUGAAGCACAGAGUUACUGCAGACAGAGCUACACUGACCUGGCCACCAUAGACAGCACAGAGGAAGUGAAGGCUCUGAUGGAAGUAACAGACAGUGAAUAUAACAGUGCCUGGAUUGGUCUGCAGAGGGCAGAGUCAGCCAGCUGGCGGUGGUCUCUGGCAGACAGAGGUUUCUACAGUGAGGGGGAGGCUGAGUUUCGGGACUGGGAAAGCGGGCAGCCAAACGAUCGUGUAGGCACAGAGGACUGUGUAGCAGUGGAACGCAAUGGGAAAUGGCAUGAUUUUCCCUGUCAAGACAAUAUUUACUUCGUCUGCUACGAUAGUGAGAAACACUUCCUGUUUUUAUUUCAUUACACACACAGCAGGGGAGGCACAUUAGAAGGUGUUGAUAGGGUUGUCAUUGGAGGAAAUCUAUUUCAAAGGGCUGCUCUGUCUCUCUCUCUCUCUCUCUCUCUCUCACACACACACACACACACACAAGUAAUUUGCAACAGAGAUACUUCUAAAAGGUGCUGUGUCUUUACAGGACAAAAUGUCUCUCAGAGAUACUUCCUGAUUGAACAGGAGAAGACUUGGACAGAGGCUCAGAGAUACUGCAGAGAGAAACACACGGACCUGGUCAGUGUGAGGAACCAAGCGGAGAACCAGGAGGUACUGAGCAUGAUAUCAACCAGCGCAUGGGUGUGGAUCGGCCUGUUCAGAGACCCCUGGAAGUGGUCAGAUCAGAGCAGCUCCUCAUUCCGCUACUGGAUGACAGGAGAACCCAACAAUAACGUAGGGAGGGAGAAGUGUGUCGAGAUGUGGUUUGGGCACUCAGGGAGGUGGAACGAUGAAUACUGUGAAAGCAAACGCACCUUCAUCUGCUAUCAAGGUGAGUCAGUUCCACCUGUGUGACUCGGCUCUCACACCGUCACAGCUACUCCUCACCCCCGCCGCCGGGAAAAUGCGCAGCACAUUAACA